UCCUAGGGAAGGAGGGAGAUAGAAAAGGAUUGAUCCUUUGUCCGGAUUCUGCCCACGUCUGGACAGGAGUUUGCGGCUCUGACCAAGGAGCUGAACUUAUGCCGAGAGCAGCUGCUAGAGAGGGAAGAAGAGAUUGCGGAACUGAAGGCGGAGCGGAACAACACUCGGCUCCUCCUGGAACACCUGGAGUGCCUGGUGUCCAGGCACGAGAGGUCACUGCGCAUGACUGUGGUGAAGCGCCAGGCCCAGUCCCCAGGUGGGGUCUCCUCGGAGGUGGAGGUGCUCAAAGCUCUAAAAUCCCUCUUCGAGCACCACAAGGCCCUGGAUGAGAAGGUCCGGGAGAGACUGCGGAUGGCACUGGAGCGAGUGGCAGUACUAGAGGAAGAGCUGGAGCUGAGCAAUCAGGAGACUCUGAGCCUUCGAGAGCAGCUCUCCAGGCGGCGGUCAGGCCUGGAAGAGCCAGGCAAGGAUGGAGAUGGACAGACCCUUGCCAAUGGCCUGGGUCCUGGCGGGGACACCACCCGCCGCACAGCAGAGCUGGAGGAGGCCCUGGAGCGGCAGCGAGCAGAGGUGUGCCAGCUGAGGGAGCGCCUAGCGGUGUUGUGUCGUCAGAUGAGCCAGCUGGAGGAGGAGCUGGGCACCGCUCACCGUGAGCUGGGUAAGGCGGAGGAAGCCAACUCCAAGCUGCAGCGGGACCUCAAGGAGGCGCUGGCUCAGCGGGAGGAUAUGGAGGAGCGGAUCACAACCCUGGAGAAGCGUUACCUGAGCGCCCAGCGCGAGGCCACGUCUCUGCACGAUGCCAACGACAAGCUGGAAAAUGAGUUGGCCAGCAAGGAGUCGUUGUACCGGCAGAGUGAAGAGAAGAGCCGUCAGCUGGCUGAGUGGCUGGACGAUGCUAAACAGAAGCUGCAGCAGACGCUGCAGAAGGCAGAGACCUUGCCCGAGAUAGAGGCGCAGCUGGCCCAGCGUGUGGCAGCGCUCAACAAGGCUGAGGAGCGUCAUGGGAAUUUUGAAGAGCGGCUUCGGCAGCUGGAGGCCCAGUUGGAGGAGAAGAACCAGGAGCUGCAGCGGGCCAGACAGAGAGAGAAGAUGAACGAUGACCAUAAUAAGCGGCUGUCCGAGACAGUGGACAAGCUGCUGAGCGAGUCCAAUGAGCGGUUACAGCUUCACCUCAAGGAGCGCAUGGGAGCGCUGGAGGAAAAGAACUCACUGAGCGAGGAGAUCGCCAACAUGAAGAAGCUGCAGGAUGAGCUGCUGCUUAACAAGGAGCAGCUCUUGGCUGAAAUGGAGAGGAUGCAGAUGGAGAUCGACCAACUGCGGGGGAGGCCACCAUCCUCCUACUCCAGGUCUCUCCCUGGCAGUGCCCUGGAACUCCGUUACUCCCAGGCACCCACGUUACCUUCCGGCACCCCCCUGGACCCUUAUGGGGCUGGCAGUGGCCGGGCAAGCAAGAGGGGUCGCUGGUCGGGGGUUAAAGAUGAGCCCUCCAAGGACUGGGAGCGGUCUGCUCCUACAGGGUCCAUGCCACCCCCAUUCCCUGGGGAGCUGGAUGGCUCUGAUGAGGAGGAGGCAGAAGGGAUGUUUGGGGCAGAGCUGCUGUCCCCCAGUGGGCAGGCUGAUGUACAGACACUGGCCAUCAUGCUUCAGGAGCAGCUGGAGGCAAUCAACAAGGAGAUCAAGUUGAUCCAAGAGGAGAAGGAGACAACAGAACAGAGGGCAGAAGAGCUAGAGAGCCGGGUGUCCAGCUCUGGCCUGGACUCGUUGGGCCGCUACCGCAGCAGCUGCUCACUACCCCCCUCCCUCACCACCUCUACUCUUGCCAGCCCCUCCCCUCCCAGCUCCGGCCAUUCAACACCCCGCCUGGCACCCCCUAGCCCUGCCCGUGAGGGCACCGACAAGGCGAAUCAUGUCCCCAAGGAGGAAGCUGGAGCUCCACGGGGAGAGGGGCCAGCCAUCCCAGGAGAUACCCCACCACCCACUCCGCGCUCUGCCCGUCUUGAGAGGAUGACCCAGGCCUUGGCACUGCAGGCGGGGGCCUUAGAAGACGGGGGACCCUCACGGGGAAGUGAGGGUGCCCCAGAUUCCCUUCACAAAGCUCCCAAGAAGAAGAGCAUCAAGUCAUCCAUAGGCCGACUCUUUGGCAAGAAAGAGAAGGGGCGAAUGGGACCCCCAGGCCGGGACAGCUCUUCUCUGGCUGGAACACCCUCAGAUGAGACGCUGGCCACUGACCCUCUGGGGCUAGCCAAGCUGACAGGCCCAGGAGACAAGGACCGAAGAAACAAGAGGAAGCAUGAACUGCUGGAAGAGGCCUGCCGCCAGGGUCUGCCUUUUGCUGCGUGGGACGGGCCCACUGUGGUCUCUUGGUUGGAGCUGUGGGUAGGUAUGCCUGCGUGGUAUGUGGCUGCCUGCCGGGCCAAUGUCAAGAGUGGUGCCAUCAUGGCCAACUUGUCGGAUACAGAGAUCCAGCGUGAGAUUGGCAUCAGCAACCCUCUGCACCGGCUCAAACUGCGCCUAGCCAUCCAGGAGAUGGUCUCACUCACCUCCCCCUCAGCUCCCGCCUCCUCCCGCACGCCCACAGGAAACGUAUGGAUGACACACGAAGAGAUGGAGUCCCUUACAGCUGCCACGAAGCCUAUCCUGGCAUACGGCGACAUGAACCACGAGUGGGUGGGGAACGACUGGCUGCCCAGCCUGGGGCUGCCCCAGUACCGCAGCUACUUCAUGGAGUCGCUGGUGGAUGCCCGAAUGUUAGAUCACCUUAACAAGAAGGAGCUCCGGGGCCAACUCAAGAUGGUGGACAGCUUCCACAGGGUGAGUCUGCAUUAUGGGAUCAUGUGCCUGAAACGACUCAACUAUGACCGGAAGGACCUCGAGCGGAGGAGAGAAGAGAGCCAGACCCAGAUCCGAGACGUGAUGGUGUGGUCCAAUGAGCGUGUCAUGGGUUGGGUGUCCGGGCUGGGCCUGAAGGAAUUCGCCACGAACCUCACGGAAAGCGGGGUGCACGGGGCUCUGCUCGCCCUGGACGAAACCUUCGACUACUCCGACCUGGCCUUGCUCCUGCAGAUUCCCACGCAGAAUGCACAGGCCCGACAACUCCUGGAGAAGGAAUUCAGCAACCUCAUCUCUUUAGGCACAGAUCGCCGGUUGGACGAGGACAGCGCCAAGUCCUUCAGCCGCUCUCCAUCCUGGAGGAAAAUGUUCCGAGAGAAGGACCUCCGAGGCGUAACCCCUGACUCAGCAGAGAUGUUGCCUCCUAACUUUCGUUCGGCUGCAGCAGGAGCCCUGGGCUCACCCGGGCUCCCUCUACGCAAGUUGCAGCCAGAAGGCCAGACUUCUGGGAGUUCCCGGGCAGAUGGUGUUUCGGUCCGGACCUAUUCCUGCUAGUGUAGGCUUCCAGGUGAUCUCACUCCGAUGGAAGAAUCGUCCCGAGGCCGGACCGCUCCCCCUCCCACCCAGAGUAUGGUCUGUCCGGGGAAAGCGGUCAGGGGAGCUCGCGCCGCGGACCGGACCAUCUGUACAGACAAAUCGGGAGUGCGUGUCCCCGCCUCACAAAUGGACUGGGCCAGGACCAAACCACAUGAACUGGACUGAGAGGGGGAAGAAGAGAGCAGGAAGAAAUCCCGCCCCAAACUUCUGCCUCCCUUUUCUCUACUUUGUAAUUUAUUGAUCAGUUUCCGAUGGGAGACGGGAACCCUUCACCUGCGGAAAAGGGGCCGGGCUUCCCUCCAGGGCCGCAUGCGGGAAGAGGCUUCCCCCUCCCCUUUUUCCUGCCCAGUCGCGGGGCCCUAGUCUUCCUUCUUCGUCCGAAAGGAGGGGAGGGGGACUCGCUGCUACAAGCCUCGCCCCCUGUGCCACUCAGCCCCUCCCCGCCGCAUUCGGUCGUCAGUCCCCGGGGUCAUCUGCGGGCGGGGUCCCCUCUUCCUCCCCCGUGUCUCGUGUCCCCGGGGCCUCCCCGCCCCCCCGUGCUGUGGCCGUGUCCGUGCCCCAGGGGUAGGGAGCGCAGAAUUGUGCUCCCAGUUCCCCGCCGACUCCGGGGUUUGCAUGGGAGAAUCCUCUUUCCACGAUGCCACUGGGCGAUGUGGCGUGGGGGGAGUGCGGACGGUAGGGGAGCCCUCGCCCCCGACUUUCGGUCGGCCUCCCGGCCCCAGGCGUCACUCAGUGAUCACGGGUAAAGAGAACUAUUUCAAAAA